AUGGCAUCGUCACCUUGCUCCAAAGUCAAGUAUCGCGUAUUUUUGUCUGCUACCGUAGUUGGGCAAAGGCAGAGAAGCUGGAGUCACGAGACAAAGAAGAGGAAUCUAGGCGAAUUUCACCCAGGCACUUUAACAUCCAUGGCGAACCUAGCAACAAUAUAUCAAGGCCAAAAGCGAUGGAAAGAAGCUGAAAAGUUGGCGCUUCGAGUCAUAGAAUUGAGGCAAAACGCACUAGGCCCAGAGCACCCUGACACAGUGAACACCCAGGCCGAAUUAGUGGUCUCGUACAGUCAUCAAAGACGGUGGGCCGAGGCCGAGCAGCUACAACUGCAAGUCCUAGAGAUGAGAAAGAGGACACUAGGCCCAGAGCAUCCAGAGGUGAUGAAAAGCCAAGAUGCGCUGGCAGUCAUAAACGCUGAACAAGGGGUAUUGGACGAAGUUGGAGAGAUGUAA